UUAUUGCCCUUACAGUUUCAAAGUCUUUUUCUUUUAUAAGAAAACCAAAUUGCCUGCUCUCUCUUAUAGCUGAGCUUCUUCACACAUACUGAGAGAGAACUAAAGAGAGAGAGAGAGAGAUGUUUAGCCAGAGUUUAUUUGAGGAUCAAGCUGAUAUGUCAUCACAACAGUAUGGAUUUUUCACUUUUCCUCCAAACAACAACAAUACUACUCUACCAUUUGGAAUAUGCAACCAAAAUACUCUUAAAACCCUCACUAUAAUCCCUCCCUCUUUUGCAGCAGAUAAUAAUUCCCUAAUUGAAUCUACUGCUCUAAGGCAGAAAGAAGAUCUUACUACUUCUAUAUUUGGAGGACCCCAUCUUCUUUCCUUGCAAAAAGCCACUGCAAAUACAUGGGCAUGGGGAGAAGUGAAUGAGAGGAGCAAUGUUAAGAGAUCAAGGGACAAUAUUAUUGAUGAUCAUUUAGGGGUUUCAGCAAUUAAGAUGAAGAAGAUGAAAUCAUCAAGAAGGAAAGUAAGAGAACCAAGAUUUUGUUUCAAGACUCUGAGUGAUGUGGAUGUGUUGGAUGAUGGUUAUAAAUGGAGAAAAUAUGGCCAGAAAGUUGUCAAAAAUACCCAACAUCCCAGGAGCUAUUACCGGUGUACACAAGAUAAUUGUAGAGUUAAGAAAAGGGUGGAAAGAUUAGCUGAAGAUCCAAGAAUGGUGAUUACAACAUAUGAAGGAAGGCAUGUUCACUCUCCAUCACUUGAUGAAGAGGAUUCACAAGCUUCAUCUCAACUUAAUAAUCUCUUAUGGUAGUUAAAUUAAGUAACUGUCUUUGUGAGGAGGCACCUCUUCUCGAAGUUAUGUGGUUAUUUUGCCGAGUUCCUUAGAAAAAGUUAUCCCGUGCGAUGAGGCACUAUCUACUUACUUGCCUGUGUUGGUUUCGGAUAAAAGUCGUUCGAGCUUUUUCUGAGAGUAUAUAUACUCAUUGUAUUAAUACCUCUUUAGGUUUUCCAUGUAAUGGAAAAGGUUCAUUUCCUAGUCUAUUAA